GCCCCGUGGUCUGUUCCGACGUGCGGCUCCCACCAGCGUGAAGCCAAAAGAUGACCUUGCUCUGUAGGCUGGACGCGUGUGAAAGAAGGAGCCCUGUGUGUGGAAGUGUGAGGGAAGAGACAGCCACCUAGCAUGUCCCCACCAAACCAGUCCGUAGAAGGCCUUGCCCAGGAGGCCUCCAACAAGUCCCUGAACACUACGGAAAUCCCGGAGGCCUGGGAUCCCGGGGCCCUACUGGCGCUCAAGAUCUCCCUUGCUGUGGCCCUCUCCAUCAUCACGCUGGCCACCCUCCUCUCCAACGCCUUUGUCCUCACCACCAUCCUACUCACCAGGAAGCUCCACACCCCGGCCAACUAUCUCAUUGGCUCCCUGGCCACCACCGACCUCCUGGUUUCCAUCUUGGUCAUGCCCAUCAGCAUCGCCUAUACCAUCACCCGCACCUGGAACUUCGGCCAAAUCCUGUGUGACAUCUGGGUGUCUUCUGACAUCACGUGCUGCACGGCCUCCAUCCUGCAUCUCUGUGUCAUCGCCCUGGACAGGUACUGGGCCAUCACCGACGCCCUGGAGUACAGUAAGCGCCGGACGGCGGGCCACGCGGCUGCCAUGAUCGCCGUGGUCUGGGCCAUCUCCAUCUGCAUCUCCAUCCCGCCGCUCUUCUGGCGGCAGGCCACGGCGCACGGGGAGGUGUCCGACUGCCUGGUGAACACGUCCCAGAUCUCCUACACCAUCUACUCCACCUGCGGGGCCUUCUACAUCCCGUCGCUCUUGCUCAUCAUCCUGUACGGCCGGAUCUACGUGGCCGCCAGGAACCGCAUCCUGAAUCCGCCCGCGCUGCACGGCAAGCGCUUCACCACGGCGCAGCUCAUCACCGGCUCGGCCGGCUCCUCGCUCUGCUCGCUCAGCCCCGGCCUCCACGAGGGCUCGCCCUCGGCCGGCUCCCCUCUCUUCUUCCACCACGUGAAAAUCAAGCUGGCCGGUAGUGUCCUGGAACGCAAGAGGAUUUCUGCGGCCCGGGAGAGGAAAGCCACCAAGACCCUGGGGGUCAUCCUGGGGGCCUUUAUCGUCUGCUGGCUGCCCUUCUUCGUGGUGUCCCUGGUCCUCCCCAUCUGCAGGGAUUCCUGCUGGAUCCACCCGGCCCUCUUUGACUUCUUCACCUGGCUAGGCUAUUUAAACUCCCUCAUCAAUCCCAUCAUCUACACCGUGUUCAACGAAGACUUCCGGCAAGCAUUUCAGAAAGUUGUCCACUUCCGGAGGGCCUCCGAGGCUCAUUAGGUGGCCACUCUUGUUAUCUUUUGUGUCCCA